UAUGAGAAGUUUUUGCUCAUGAAAAGAGAUUUAGAAGUGGUAUCUAACUUCUACAUGAAUGAGUUGAAAGUGUUAUUUCAGACUCGUAAAUCUAAUGAUGCUUCAACUUCGACACCUCCAAUGUCCCAAACUGAUUUAUUCUUUAUGAAUCCUCGUGUUCAUGAAAUUUUUGAUGAGAUUGUGUCUCUUGUAAAUUGGGUAAGCAAAGUGCCUAAUGGUUUGGAUGAUGAUGAUAUUGAUGAUAAUGGUGCACCUGCAAAAGAGAUUAAUGUUGUAGUUGGUGAGGUUCCAAGGAUAGGUUUUGAGCAUGUUUUGAGUAAUGGAAAAUCUAAAUGCUCCCUUGCUAUGGAUGUUAGUCUCUUUGGUGAUAAAGUUACAUAUGUAACUGAAUAUAUGAAGUCAAGUAAUAAGGAUAUGAAGGUUUUGGAUGCAGUUGUCCAGGAACUUGUUGACUACUGCAUUAGUGAUUAUCAUGGUUUCGAUCUCAAUGAGGUGUUGGUAUCUUUUGGCAAACCAUUUGAGAUUACAAGGAAUGAAUUCCUUUCAUUAGGUGCACCGGCUAUUGCUAUAUCUUCUGUUAUUAUUGAUUGUUGGGCUAUGUUGCUUAAUGAAAACCAGAAGAGUAGUGCACAUGGACCUCAAAAACUAUAUUUUGGUGUUUCUCAAAGUGUAAGUAUCUUUCGGCUAUUUAGUUACUACAUCAUUAUAAUGGUAGUUGUUCAUUAUAAAAAAUUCAUAAAUUAAUUUCACUAUGUAUUGAAAACAGUCACUAUGAUUCAUAAAUUAAUUUCACUAUGCAAUGAAAACAGUCACUAUGUAAUGCAAGUAAUUACAUUUAAGAAAAAUAACUCUACCUUCUAAUUUUUUUAAUAUUUAUUAAUGUUUGUUCUUUUUUAGGCUUUUUUACUGAAAGUUGCAAACACAGAUAGUAACACACAAGACAUUGACAAGCUAUUUGACAUUUGGUCAAGAUGGUUGUUCAUUCCUUGCAA